AUGUUGACGAAAAUAAGUUUUCUCGCCUUUGUCCUAUGUUUAUCACUUGUAAAGUCUGCAGUGACUCCAGGGAUGGUGAUAUCAAGAUCUUUUACUGAUGUUGCCAAUAAUAUUCGCGCCAUUCUUCCAAACGCAUUGGGAGAUGUGUCAUACACGAAGCUUGGCAAGUUCAAUUUUACAACAUUGGAUUCUAAGACAAGCGUGGUCUGCAAUAUAACAAAUAUUGUCCUGCUCAAUUCUACCAUGAAGUCUACACCAGCUUUGGUAAAUGUGAUGAUAUCUUCUCCGAAUUUUCUGAAUAUCACAUUGAAUAACUUUACAGGGACAAUCAGCUAUAGUUAUUCAGAAGUCGGCAAAAAAAUAAAUAAUACAGGGACUGGCUACACAACUUUUACUGCAAACUUGACAUUUUUCACAACUGUCUCUUAUGGGAAUGGCCUUCCUAUAAUAACAAUCAACAAAUUAAAUUACAUUAUAACGAAUUAUACUCAGUAUAAUUUAACCAAUCUUAGCACAGCAAUAGUUACUGCAAUUCAGACGAAUCUCACGAGUUAUUUGUCAAAUAAUGCAACUGCAUUUUGGGGAUAAAAAAAUAAAAUACUUUUUUAUUUUUUUAAAAAUAAUUUUAAAAUAAUUUUUUUUGCAUUUUUUAUUGCAGCUUUCCAAAAUCAGACUAAUUCCUAUAUUUCAAGGGCAAAUUAUUGGCCAACAUUGCCUGGGACUAAAGUAAAAGCAGAUUUAACAUGGGUAGCAGCUCCAGUUAUUAACUAUAACGCUUCUCUUUCGUGCCAAAACAAUUAUGUUUCAUUCUGGGUCAAUGGGACAGUAACUACAAAUUCCUCUUCUAUUUCAAUUCCUACCAUAAACCCUCCAGUAGCUUUACCAAAUCGCUUUACAAAUUCAAACGCUUAUGUCGGCCAAUCCCAAGUAUUUAUCACCCAAUUUACAAUUGAUUCUUAUUAUUAUUCCACCUUAAAAGUAUAUGGCCACUAUACAAUUGAUACCUUACCUACAGGCUUUCCUAACAUUUUAAAUACAAAUAGUGGAUAUUUCCCUGAGCUUAAUAAAAUUUACCCUAAUUCGCCAGUAACACUUAAUGUCACGUUUUAUGAUACUCCAAGAUGCUAUAUUAUUGGUGGCUAUGGGAUUCAAGGAAAACUGCCACUUACUGUACAAGUGUUAAUUUAUAGCCAAAGCACUAAUGAAUGGAGCUAUCCUUUGGCUUAUAAUGUGACCAUUACUUUCUCUGUCAAUAUUUACUUCAACCAAACUGUAAUUGUGGGUAUUAUAAAUAAAAUGGCAUCUGGUUUGAUCGGAAUUACUCUGAUUCUAUUCUCUUCCUCAUGGAACUUUUUUAUGGGAUUGGGUUUUCCUAGAGAACUUCUGCACAGCAAUAAGGUUUAACUUGGGUCAUAAUGUUGGAACUGCUCCAAGUGCAUCAAGAGGCUUGAGGUUUUUCUUUUAGCACACCCAAGGAUGGUGACCCUCAGAUGGAACACAUGCAGGAGCUAGAGCGAAUGCAACGCGGUUCAUUAGGCUUUCUAGCCUGGAAGAGGCGGAACCAUUUUUUUAUUUGCAUAAAGGGAGAAAAUAAAUCAUAGAUGAUGAAUUCUGAAAUGAAGUCAAUGAGAUUCUUGGUGGUAAGGAAGCUGAGUAUAGCGAAUUGGAGUUAAAGAAGAAUCUUUAAGACCUGAAAACUAAAACGAAUUGGUGCUGCAGCACUAAGAACUGAAGGAGAAAUAAUGGAUGAAGAAGAAAUUAUUCAGAUUCUCUACAAGGCAAACUAAAUCUGGAGGAGAGCAAAAAGACUCAGGAAAGGCAGAGCAGGAGUAGAGCAGGAAUCUGAGCAGAAAAAGAAACAGGAAGUUAGGCAAGAAUUAAAGAAGAAAUCGUAGCAGAAAUUGAGGCAGAAGCUGAAACUAAAGUUGAUGAACUAGUGCAAAAAUUGAAGCAGGAACAAAUGUAGAAGUUUAAGCAGAAAUCGAAGCAGAUAGGGUCAGGAAGUUUAGGAGGGUGAAAAUUGCAAAGUCUGAGGAGUUGAAGAAUGGCUAUACCAGAGUACCCAGGGGAUCUGAAUAAAUAGGUCCGCUAAGGAUUGCAAUAGGCAUAAGCUCGUUUUAUUUAAUGGUAAAUGGUGAAGGCAGAAUCUGCUUAGGAAUGCUAUGCUAGCCUGAAAUAUGGUGACGUCGGAUGCCUGGUGAUGUCACUAAUGAGUUAAAGGUGAGCCGCGAAUUGCAUCCUGCCGAAGAAGUCGACAUGCUAAACACUAUUUAACUAAGACUAAGUAAUUGUUGGAUAUUCUUAUAACCCAAUAAUUUCCAAUUUCCUUUUUAGCUUUUCUCUCAUUUUGCCAUAUCGAGGGCAUUGCAUCAGCAUAUGCUCGUUUCAGUGACUUCACAUUCACAACAUGCUGGGUUGUCAGCUAGAUGCCUUAUAAACGCAAUUCCCUUACAAAACAUGCUAUAAAUCACAUUUUAAAAGCUAGAAGAGAAAAUACUACAAUAUCAAUUAUAUUUAAUAUUAUUAAGACUAUAUUGUUUUAUAUUGAAGGGGGGCGGGAUUUAUACUUGACCAGACGAUCAGCUUUCUGACUCUCAGGUAGCGAAUUCAAGCACUCUUUCAUAAGUAACCACAGUGGAGCGUUAUUCGGAGGCAAUUAGCAAUCUGCAGUUCUCCAGGAGACUUCUUUAUAAAUAAUUUAAGUUUAAGGUUCAGAUUAACUCAAAUGCUCAAGUCGGAAAUGUAAAUGUUUACUAUUUGGGAAGACUGACUACAGACUUAUUUAAGCAAUAUAUGAUUUUCAAUGAAGGCAGCUAUUUAUUCCCGAAGAUCCCAUUCCCAUAUCUUUCAGGAACUACAUUUAGUAAUGUAAGAUCAAGACUUAUGCAAGGAUAUAUUGAAGUCGACUAUGAUCCUACAAUUCCAACCCCUUCAGGAGAAGAAUACAACAGGUUUGAAGCUUAUCAAGCGUCUGCAGGUUGCUAA